AAUCUUCAAUUCUCCAUUUGAUAAAGAACAAAACCAUUUAGCAGAGAUGCAUAAGCGCGCCUAAUCUCACUCAAUCGACCUUCGAAAUUCAUCAAUGGGCCUCAUCAGCCCAAAUCCAAAUCCAUUUCUUCUUCCCUCGCCACCGCUCAAUCCGGUGGUGGUCCCUUUGAACCCCAACCUCUUUGCGCUAACCACACCGCGCUGCCCCAAAACCCUCCGCAGAAAGCUCAAGCUCCGAGCAUCGUCAACUUCGGCGGCUGACCCUGAUGGUGGGGGCGACGGCGGGGCUUCUUCUUGGUCCAACAUUUCCCGGUCGCUUCGGCGAGGCUCGAAGCGGUUUUGGUUGAAGUUCGGGGAGAUGGUGAAGAAGGAGACGGGUUUUGACUUGGGAGAUGGGAAUGCGAAGGUGGGCGAGUUUGUGGGGCGCGUGAGGGAUGAAGUGGAAACGAGUGGAGAUGAAUUGGGAAGGUCUGGGACUCACUGGGUUUCCGAGUUUCUUGAUUGGAAUCGGUGGGAACACUGGAAGAAUGUCAAUAGUUGGGACCCUAAGCGAGUUGGUGUACUAGCUCUUUAUAUCUUUGUUGUGGCAUGUUGUUGUAAAGGAAUGUAUGUCAUAAUUCAAGCACCUUACAUAAAUCGCCAAAGAAAAGAAUUGACAGAAGCUUACAUGGAAGCAUUAAUUCCGGAGCCUUCCCCAACCAACAUUAGAAGAUUUAAGAAGGGCAUGUGGAGGAAGUCAAUGCCAAAAGGCUUGAAAAUGAAGAAGCUUGUUGAACAGCCUGGUGGAACCCUUGUUCAUGAUACUUCGUAUGUUGGAGAGGAUGCAUGGGAGGAUGACCAAGAGGCUUCCAAGGAACAUGUAAAACAAGUUAUAGAGGAUGAUGGAAGGUUAACCAAAGAAGAGAAGAAUAGACUAGUGGAAGGCUUGGGCAUUUUAGGCGAAGUUAAAUCUGCGGGCACAUGGCGUGAGAGACUUCAUAAAUGGAGGGAAGUCCUUAGCAACGAGCGUCUUGUUGAGCAAUCGGAUUCCUUAAAUAGUAGAUAUGUAGUCGAAUUUGACAUGAAAGAGGUUGAAGCUAAUCUUCGCAAGGAUGUGGCGGAAAAGGCAACAUCCGCACAUGGAGCUAGGGCCUUGUGGAUAGCUAAGAGGUGGUGGCGCUAUCGUCCUAAACUUCCUUACAAUUACUUUCUUGACAAACUUGAUAGUUCAGAGGUAGCAGCUGUUGUUUUCACCGAAGAUUUGAAAAGAUUGUAUGUGACGAUGAAAGAAGGUUUUCCAAUGGAAUUUAUCGUUGAUAUCCCUCUUGAUCCUUAUCUGUUUGACAUUAUUACAAGUUCUGGAGUUGAAGUAGAUCUGCUUCAGAAGCGACAAAUCCACUAUUUUAUGAAGGUUCUGAUCGCUUUAGUACCCGGAAUACUGAUUCUCUGGCUUAUAAGGGAGUCUGUGAUGCUUUUGCACAUUACUUCCCAUCGUUUUCUUUACAAAAAGUAUAAUCAACUCUUUGAUAUGGCAUAUGCUGAAAACUUCAUUCUGCCUGUUGGAGAAGUUGGUGAAACAAAAUCUAUGUACAAGGAAGUUGUGUUGGGAGGUGAUGUUUGGGAUCUUCUUGAUGAGUUGAUGAUCUAUAUGGGAAAUCCUAUGCAGUUCUACGAAAGAGGCGUGCAGUUUGUGCGGGGUGUUCUACUCUCUGGACCCCCAGGAACAGGGAAAACACUUUUUGCCAGGACACUUGCAAAGGAAAGUGGAUUGCCUUUUGUUUUUGCUUCAGGUGCUGAGUUCACAGAUAGUGAAAAAAGUGGAGCAGCUAGAAUCAAUGAAAUGUUUACCAUUGCUAGGAGAAAUGCACCUUGUUUUAUAUUUGUGGAUGAAAUAGAUGCCAUUGCCGGUAGGCAUGCUAGGAAUGAUCCACGUAGAAGGGCAACUUUUGAAGCUCUCAUUGCACAGCUUGAUGGGGAGAAGGAGAAAACCGGUGUUGACCGUUUAUCCUUAAGGCAAGCUGUCAUAUUCAUAUGUGCCACAAAUAGACCAGAUGAAUUAGAUCUUGAAUUUGUUCGUCCUGGGCGUAUUGAUCGUCGUCUGUACAUUGGUUUGCCUGAUGCCAAGCAAAGAGUCCAAAUUUUUGGUGUCCAUAGUUCUGGAAAGCAACUUGCAGAGGAUGUUGAUUUUGAAAAGCUUGUCUUCCGAACUGUUGGAUUCUCGGGAGCAGAUAUAAGAAACCUUGUCAAUGAAGCAGCAAUAAUGAUGGUGAGGAAAGGGCAUUCAAAAAUUUCCCAGCAGGACAUUGUUGAUGUAUUAGAUAAACAACUGCUUGAGGGUAUGGGUGUGCUUCUCACUGAGGAAGAGCAACAGAAAUGUGAAGAAAGUGUAUCUGUUGAAAAGAAGAGACUACUUGCUGUUCAUGAAGCUGGUCAUGUCGUGUUAGCUCACUUAUUUCCUCGGUUUGACUGGCAUGCAUUUUCGCAGCUCCUGCCUGGUGGUAAGGAAACAGCAGUAUCUGUAUUCUACCCUCGGGAAGAUAUGAUAGACCAAGGUUAUACAACCUUCGGUUACAUGAUGAUGCAAAUGGUAGUAGCACAUGGUGGUCGAUGUGCUGAACGUGUUGUCUAUGGUGAUGAUAUAACUGAUGGAGGCAGUGAUGAUCUUGAAAAGAUAACAAAGAUUGCCAGGGAGAUGGUUAUCAGCCCGCAAAAUUCAAGGUUGGGUUUAAUGGCAUUAACAAAAAGGGUUGGAUUACUCGAUCGGCCAGACAGUCCAGAUGGCGAGCUGAUAAGAUAUAGGUGGGAUGAUCCUCAGGUAAUUCCUGCAAAUAUGACACUAGAGGUAUCUGAGCUAUUUACACGGGAGUUGACAAGGUACAUUGAAGAAACAGAAGAACUUGCAAUGAAUGCUUUGAUGGAUAAUAGGCACAUAUUGGACAUGGUUGCUAGGGAGCUCUUGGAAAAGUCAAGAAUAACUGGAUUGGAGGUUGAAGAGAAAAUGAAGCCAUUGUCUCCCGUAAUGUUUGAGGACUUCGUCAAGCCAUUCCAAAUAAACAUAAAUGAGGAGGGGCCACUUCCUCAUAAGGAUCACGUGCGAUAUCAGCCACCGGACUUGUAUCCUGCUCCUCUCCAUAGAUGCUGACACAUUUAGAUCCCAUAUUUCCACAACACUUCUGACAGAACUAGUUACAGACACAGGAACCUGUUUAGUGAUGAUUAUGGAUUGGGUAGAACAUAGUGGAGCUUUGUGUACAUUUUCACUCUUUAAUGGUCCAGGGAUAAUAUCUCAGCUGAUGAAGUCUUCAUGCUGUUUAUGCUUUGAAACUGAUCAAACUUGUGUUAUUAAGGGCUUGUUUGGGUGAGCUUCUAACAAAAAUUUUUUUUUGAGUUAUAUUUUUUUAAAAUAUCUUAUAAAAAAGUAAAAGUAAUUUUAUGUUUGGGUAUCUCAUGCAAAAAGAUCUUUUUAUUUAUCAAUUAUGUUUGGGUAUAAUAAUAUAAAAGUAUUUUUUUUGUUUAUUUAUUACAUAGAAAACAUCUUUUUUUUUAUGGAAAAAAGAUCUUUUAAAAAAAGAUAUAAAUUACAGCUUCUCAAAAAAGAUGUUUUUUUGAUUUUUCUAGUGCUUUUACUUUUAUUAUUAGAAAUUUGCUAAGCAUACUAAAAAAUAAAAAAAGAUUUUUUUUUCAUUAAAAAAAAUCUUUUUUUAUCAAAAUAAUGGCACCCAAACAAGCACUAAAUAGAGGAAGAAAAACUACUUGACGUAUAUGUGACGAAUAGUGUAUAUCAUUUUGUAUUAACAUGGAAAUAUGAUAGAGGAAUGAUUCAAUUUAGGAGUGGUUCCAACCCCUAAUUAGAUAAUAGAUUAUAUUGCUCCCACUUCUUGUUGCUUGUCUAGAUCUUACUAUAAAUAUUUUGAUUCGAUCCUUGAGUAUUGACA